UCUCCACUCCCCACCAACAAUGUAUUUCCAUUAGUGCUUCUCAUAUUCAUCAGAGAGGUUUUUCCCUUCUCAAGAACCCUACUUUUGUCAAGAAAAAUUCACUCCCAACACCAACACUGCACUAUUUUGCGGUUUCUUUUUUCUUCUCAAGAACCAUUUCUUUUUCUAGAAAAAGAAAAUGGUUCUUCCAAGAUUUUGUGCCGAGUUGAUCCCUGCCCUUGUUUUCCUUCUUCUCUUGCUCUACUCGCCCUUGAUGUGUCUGGGAAUUCGUUCCUUCCCCAACAACGACGUUUUCACCAGCUCCGACUUGAACGCCCUCUUCGGAUUCUCUGAGGCCCCGGACUACCGGAACGGCGUCGAUUGUCCUUCAGUGUCGCCGUCUCCGCCGGAUCCUGUGACGUCGUGCGAUCCGUCUCUGGUCCACGUGGCAAUGACCCUCGACUCCGAGUACCUCCGUGGUUCAAUGGCGGCCGUGCACUCGGUCCUCCGCCACGCGUCGUGCCCGGAGCAGGUUUUCUUCCACUUCAUCGCAGCGGAGUUUGACUCGGUGAGUCCCCGAGUUUUAAGUCGACUGGUGCAUUCCAUAUUCCCAUCCCUUAAUUUCAAAGUCUACAUCUUCCGAGAAGAUACCGUUAUAAACCUCAUCUCCUCUUCCAUCCGGUCCGCUUUAGAGAACCCGUUAAACUACGCCAGGAAUUAUUUGGGCGACAUUCUCGACCCGUGUGUGAAUCGGGUCAUAUAUCUGGACUCGGAUCUUGUGCUGGUGGAUGACAUUCUAAAGCUGUGGGAAGUGAGAAUAUCGGAGGGGAGAAUAAUCGGGGCCCCGGAAUACUGCCACGCGAAUUUCACCAAGUAUUUCAACGAGAAUUUCUGGUCGGACCCUGGAUUGAGCCGGGUAUUCAGGUCGAGGAACCCGUGCUACUUCAACACAGGGGUGAUGGUGAUGGAUUUGGGGAAGUGGAGGGAGGGGCAUUUUCGGGAGAAGAUUGAGAACUGGAUGGAAGUGCAGAGAAAGAAACGGAUAUACGAGUUGGGUUCUCUGCCGCCCUUCUUGCUUGUUUUUGGUGGAAAUGUGGAGCCGAUUGAUCAUAGGUGGAACCAACACGGGUUGGGAGGGGAUAACGUGGCAGGAUCGUGCAGGGCGUUGCAUCCAGGUCCAGUGAGCCUGCUGCACUGGAGUGGGAAGGGGAAGCCUUGGGUUAGGCUUGAUGAGAAGAAUCCGUGUCCCUUGGAUUAUCUAUGGGAGCCUUAUGAUUUGUACAAGGGGAAAGUGAAGGUUCAACAUUCUGAGCGUCAGGAACAACAACAGUUUGGGUUUUUCUGGUAGAGUCGAGUCUGAUUUGGUGGUGGUAAUGGUAUUUUCUUUCAUCAAAUUCUUGGGAGUAAUCAUUCUUUGAUUAGUAGGAGGGUAGCUCUGUACAGAUUGAUGGGGAAAAAUUCUUUUCUUUUUUCCUUUAAGAAAAAAACAAAAACGAAAAUGAUGGUAAAAAUUUGAUUGAGAGAAUUGUUUGUUGGGGAUUCCUUUGAUUAAAGGAACCAAUUUUGGGCAUUACAUUCUUAUUUGUAUCUACACUACACACAAACUAUGAAUAACAACAUGUAGUUGUUCAAUCAGUUA